AUGAAUGCGAACGAGGUCAUCGCCAACCGCGCGAUCGAGAUCCUGGGAGGCAAGCUGGGCUCGAAGAUGGUCCACCCCAACGACCACGUCAACAAGGGGCAGUCCUCCAAUGACACCUUCCCCAGCGUGAUGCACAUCGCGGGCGCAACAGAGGUGUCCAAGACGCUGCUGCCCUCCCUCAAGGAGCUGCACUCCGCCCUAGCAGCCAAGGCCGACGAGUUUGCUGACAUCAUCAAGAUCGGCCGCACGCACACGAUGGACGCCACGCCCCUGACCCUCGGCCAGGAGUUUGGGGGUUACGCACAGCAGGCGAGCGGUUUUAGUCGCCUCACAUCAUCAUCCCAGGGGUCAAUCGUGGCCUACGGCAUCCAGCGGGUGGAGGGCGCGCUGCCGGCGCUGCUGCGGCUGGCGCAGGGCGGGACAGCGGUGGGCACGGGGCUCAACACUAAGAAGGGCUACGACGUGGCGGUGGCCAAGCAGGUGGCGCACGAUACCGGCUUCCCAUUCGUGACUGCCCCCAACAAGUUUGAGGCGCUGGCCGCCCACGACAGCGUGGUGGAGAUGAGCGGGGCGCUCAACACGGUGGCGGUGUCGCUCAUGAAGGUGGCCAACGACAUCCGGUUCCUCGGCUCGGGGCCGAGGUGCGGCCUGGGUGAGCUGCAGCUGCCCGAGAACGAGCCCGGGUCCAGCAUCAUGCCCGGGAAGGUUAACCCCACGCAGUGCGAGGCGCUCACCAUGGUGGCUGCACAGGUCAUGGGCAACAACGCGGGCAUCAGCGUGGCGGGCAGCAACGGCCACUUCGAGCUCAACGUGUUCAAGCCAAUGAUGAUCGCCGCGCUGCUGCAGAGCGUCCGCCUGCUGGGAGAUGCGUCGUCUUCCUUCGCGUCCAACUGCGUCGUCGGCAUCCAGGCCAACCGCAAGCGCAUUGACCAGCUGCUGCACGAGAGCCUCAUGCUCGUCACCGCGCUCAACAACAAGAUCGGCUACGACAACGCCGCGGCCGCCGCCAAGAAGGCCCACAAGGAGCACACCACCCUCAAGCAGGCGCGCGCGGGGCGCGGUGCGGCCAUGAGCCUGGGCCUCCUCAGCAGCGAGGAGUUUGAUGCCUGGGUGCGGCCAGAGACCAUGAUCGCGCCAAAGGAGUGA